AUGAUGAAACUUCUUGUCUACAUCGCUCUAUUAUUUUUGGCUCUUGUUUCGGCUUAUGGCGGUUCUCAUCGAAGAUCUGGUGGUCGAGGAUUUUUGUUUCAACUGGUUAUUGAUUGGUCUCAUUCAUCUGGUGAUAAUAAUGAACAUUCCUGGAAAUUUGAUUUCUGUGAGAAUGAGACAGUAGCUCAAUCAUUUCUUAAUCAAUCUCGACAGCUGAUCAGUGAUCUUCAAUCGAAUGGAUCAUAUGGUCAAGCUCUUCAAAAGCGGGCACAAUUUAUAUCUUACAUUCAAAAUGACACCAAUACAGAACUUCUCUCAUCAAACUGUACUGAAUAUUUCUGCGGUCUGCAAGAUGCUAGAGAACUUGAUAAACAAGCUUUAGAACAACAAAAACAAAAUGAUCAGACGGUUGAGAAUUCAUUUCGUCAACUAAUUCAAUCUCUUUGUGAAAGCAUGAUGAAUUCUGGUGACAGUUGA